GUGCGACUACAGACCCUUCUUGACUAUAGCGUGGGUCAGAGCAAAUCAAACGGACAGAGCAGAGGGCGGGGACACAGGCACCUGUGAGGGACACACACAUCUCAUCUGUUUGCUCGAUGGUGCCUCGGCAGAUUCCAUUACAGUGUCUUAAGAUCCAGUACGAGGUGCUUCGGGCCUGAAAAUGGACUCUAUUUCCCUGCUGGGCAGCAGCCCGGCCAGCACCAAAGUCUGCUUCCUACCAAACGGGCUGAAGAACGGGUCCAAAGAGGGAUCGGGCAAGCCCACGGUCGGCAUCAUCGGUUCUGGAGACUUCUCCAAAAGCCUGACCCUGCGGCUGCUCCGCAGCGGCUUUCGCGUGGUGGUGGGGAGCCGUCAGCCCAAGAGAGCGGCCGAGUCGUUCCCACACGUGGUAGACGUGACCCAUCACGAGGACGCAGUGUGGAAGGCCAACAUCGUGUUCCUGGCCAUUCGCCGAGAGCACUAUUCCUCCCUCUGGGACAUCAAACACCUGCUGGCUGGAAAAAUACUGGUGGAUGUCAGCAACAACAGACGGGUCAACCAGUAUCCAGAAUCAAACGCAGAAUACCUAGCGUCCCUAUUCCCAGAAUCCAUUGUGGUCAAAGGCUUCAAUGUGAUCUCGUCCUGGGCCAUGCAGUCAGGCCCCAGAGACUCCAGUCGACAGGUCUAUAUUUGCAGUAAUUCAGUGGAUGCUCGACAGCAGCUCAUUGAAAUGGCCCGUCAGCUCACUUUCAUCCCUGUGGACAUGGGUGCGCUCUCCUCUGCCAAAGAGAUUGAGAAUAUGCCUCUGCAUCUCUUCACCGCCUGGAAAGGACCCGUUCUGACCGCGGUCGCCUUGUCCAUCUUCUUUUUCGCUUACUCCUUUGUGCGGGACAUUAUCCAUCCUUAUAUGAAGACCAGACAGAGUUUUUUCUACAAGAUUCCUCUGGAAAUAGUGAACAGGACACUGCCUAUAGUGGCUAUCGUUCUGCUAGCACUGGUGUAUUUAGCAGGACAGCUUGCUGCUGUGUACCAGCUCAUCUACGGGACAAAGUACCGCCGCUUCCCGCCCUGGCUGGAGGGCUGGCUGGAGAGCCGCAAACAGCUGGGCUUGCUGAGCUUCUUCUUUGGCUGCAUUCACGUGCUGUACAGCCUCUGCCUGCCCAUGAGACGCUCAGAGAGAUACCUGAUGCUCAACAUGGCCUAUCAGCAGGUCUGUGUGUGUUCUACACCAGUGAGAUCCAGUAUUUCCACUGUGUUGGAAGUGUUUUUGUUUUGUUUUGCUCAUACAUUUAUUCUGGACUUUAUAUUUUGAGGG